GAAAUUUGGGCCAACCUCACAUUGGACAAACUAUAGAAGUGAAAAUAAAAUGGGCCGCUGAAUUCUUCCCACGUCACCCAUUACUAUAUAUUUGUUGGUCCUAAACCCUAACCCUAAUCUUUGCCAAUUUGCGUUCUUAGUUUCUAGUGGACGAAGCGAACAAGCCCGUCGACCGCCAUCCAGAAAGGAAGAAGUCGCUUAUCAGAUUCGCCAUGGGUAAGGUUCAUGGAUCUUUGGCUCGUGCCGGUAAGGUGAGAGGCCAGACACCAAAGGUUGCUAAACAAGAUAAGAAGAAGAAGCCACGAGGACGUGCUCACAAACGGAUGCAAUACAACCGCAGAUUCGUAACUGCCGUUGUUGGUUUCGGCAAGAAGAGAGGACCAAACUCGUCCGAGAAGUAAGACACUCGAGAAUUCGGCUAAACAGCCAUUUUUUUCAUGUUAUUUGGAGAUAUUUUAUACUUCCGUUAGUUCCUUAUUGAUGUGGUUAAGCUGACAUUUUAUCUGGAUGAUGAUAGUAUUUUUUUUCUUUGAGGAGUUUUCUGUUUCAUCAUUUGAUAAUCUGCUUAAGAUUUAGAAAUCUGAGUUUUGUUGUUUCACAA